AUGUUAAAAAAAGAGAAAUUAGCUACUGAAGAGGAAAGAAAUGCAAAAGAUCUUUUGGAUCGAACACUCGAUAAUAUGAAUCAAGAAUUUAAUGAAGCUAAAAAUUUUGCUGAAGCAUUAAAAAUUGAAAAUAGAGAUUUUAAAAAUGCAUUUGAGAAAAUGAGAAUCGAACAUCAAGAAAAAAUGGCUGAUUUAUGUAAUCGAGAAGAAGAAGCAAAAAAACAAGUAGCUACUUGGGAACAAAUGUAUCGUGAGUGGAUGGCCACCAUGGAACGACGUGUAAAUAAUCUACAAGUCACUAAUGAAGAAUUACAAUCUUGGCUACAAGAAGAAAAUCCUGAUACAUCGUCAAAAACAGCCGGACAUGGUCCUCCUGCAGAUCGUCGGUAA